GCCAACUUACUCCUGCUCCUCUUGAUCUUCGAUUCUUAAAUAGGCCCAAAAAUGGCUGCUUCUCAUCUUCCAUCACCAGUACUUGUCGGUGCUUUUGUGCUUCUAAUAAACUGUCUCUGGUUAUUUCCUGAAGUCACCAUUGCAAAGCAUGCAGGGAUUACAAGGCACUACAAGUUCAAUGUAAGGUUGCAGAAUGUGACCAGAUUGUGCCAAACAAAAACCAUAUUGACUGUCAAUGGGAAGUUCCCGGGACCUCGCAUCAUUGCCCGAGAGGGUGAUCGUGUGUUGGUCAAGGUGGUUAAUCAUGUCUCCAACAAUGUCAGCUUCCAUUGGCAUGGUAUUAGACAGCUUCAAAGCGGAUGGGCCGAUGGACCAGCUUACAUAACUCAGUGCCCCAUUCAAACAGGCCAGACUUAUGUGUACAACUUCACCAUUGUUGGCCAAAGAGGAACUCUCUUCUGGCAUGCACACAUCACAUGGCUCAGAGCAACCCUCUAUGGACCAAUUUUCAUAUUACCCAAGCAUAAUGUUCCUUACCCUUUUGCUAAACCAUACAAGGAAGUCCCUAUCAUCUUCGGAGAAUGGUGGAACGCUAAUACAGAGGCAGUUAUUAACCAGGCGCUUCAAACUGGCGCUGGUCCGAAUGUCUCUGAUGCAUACACCAUUAAUGGACAACCUGGACCAUUGUACAACUGUUCUGCAAAUGAAACAUUCAAGCUAAAAGUGAAGCCCGGAAAGACUUAUCUCCUUCGUUUGAUCAAUGCUGCACUCAAUGACGAGCUCUUUUUCACUGUAGCUAAUCACACACUCACCAUUGUUGAAGCUGAUGCAGUUUAUACCAAGCCAUUUCAAACCGAUAUUCUCCUCAUAGCUCCAGGGCAGACUACCAAUGUUCUUCUCAAGACCAAAGCUCACCCCACCAAUGCGACCUUUUUAAUGGCUGCGAGACCAUAUUUUACAGGUCAGGGCACAUUCGAUAAUUCCACCGUCGCCGGGAUCCUCGAAUACGAAAUCCCAUCUGUUGCAUCCUCAUCAAACACUUCAAUCAAAAAUCUUACACUCCCAACCUUCCCCCCAAUCAAUGGCACUUCUUUCGCCGCAAAUUUCAGCAGCAAAUUUCGAAGUUUGGCCAAUGCUCAAUACCCUGCCAAUGUGCCACAAACAGUCCAAAAACAUUUUUUCUUCACUGUAGGACUUGGAAGCAAUCCAUGCCAGAAAAACCAAACUUGUCAAGGGCCUAAUGGAACAAAAUUUGCAGCUUCUGUAAACAACAUUUCCUUUGUUUUGCCCACAACAGCACUCCUCCAAACCCACUUCUUUGGCCAAUCCAAUGGCGUUUAUACUACCGAUUUUCCGAGCUUUCCUGUCGUUGCUUUCAAUUAUACGGGCACGCCUCCAAACAACACCAUGGUGGCCAACGGCACCAAGGUGGUGGUGCUACCAUUUAACACCACCGUGGAGCUAGUGCUGCAGGAUACCAGCAUUCUUGGUGCCGAAAGCCACCCUCUCCAUCUUCAUGGCUAUAACUUCUUUGUUGUGGGCCAAGGGUUUGGAAACUUUGAUUCUAAAAAGGACCCCACAAGAUUUAACCUUGUGGACCCCGUUGAAAGAAACACUGUUGGUGUGCCGUCCGGUGGAUGGGUGGCCAUUCGGUUCAGCGCUGACAACCCAGGUGUUUGGUUCAUGCACUGCCACUUUGAAGUUCAUCUGAGCUGGGGGUUGAAGAUGGCUUGGAUAGUCAUGGACGGGAAGCUCCCCAAUCAGAAGCUGCCUCCUCCACCAUCCGAUCUUCCCAAGUGUUGACCGUUGAUUUUGCCUCAUCCGCUAGAAUGUCUGUCGUGCUGUGAUUUCCUUGUUUAACUUAUUUGAUUUUUUUUUUCUAGAAUUUGUUUGAGAAGAUAAAAAAGAAAUUUCCAGGCCAACAUUGGCAUGGAGGCUUGCUUUGUAUUGUCUUUCUAUAAUAUCCUGAAAGAAUCCUCCAGUGGAAUGAGAAAGGCAAUAAUGGUAGAGGAAAUUUUGUAAUAUUUGGA